GGUGCUACAGCGACGAGUGGAAGAUUAGCAGCUCUUCCUUGACACGAAGUGGUUCAUUUAACAGAUAAAGCUGCUGUGAUUUCGGAUCAUUACAGAGAUUACAUGUACUGUUUAAGUGACAUAGCCCCAACUUAACAUUGUGGCAAAAAAAGGUGUAGAUAUCUACUUUUCUUCGAGCAUGAAACGAUAGCAAGCGGCAGUAGUCCCCACUCAUCGUGUAAUUAGCUCCUCAGCUACUUUGGCAGGAACUACUUCCACCAGCUUUUUUUCCUUUCUUUUUGUUUUAGUUUUUUUUUUUUUUUUUUUUAAUAACCAUGCCUAUUCAAUUGACAAGUCAGGCGUAUUGUAAAAUGCUUUUACAUGCUGCCAAAUACCCUCACUGUGCCGUUAAUGGAUUGCUGGUGGCAGAAAAAUCAAAGGACAGAAAGAAAGACAGCCACAGUGAGCCGGUGCUGUGCGUGGACUGCGUGCCUCUUUUCCACGGUACUCUCGCCCUGGCACCCAUGCUGGAAGUAGCUUUGACUCUGAUUGACACCUGGUGCAAAGAAAACAACUAUAUAAUUGCUGGAUAUUAUCAAGCCAAUGAACGCACAAAGGAUUCAAGACCCAAUCAAGUUGCAGAAAAAGUGGGUGCCAGGAUUUUAGAGAACUUCAGUGAAGCUGCAAUUGUUAUGGUGGACAGCAGUAGAUUAACAAUGAGCUGUUUUGAGCCAAUUGUGUUCAUUUACGAUCAUCAUGAAAACAAGUGGAAAAACAGAGAAGUAACUUUGGAUUCUUUUGAGGAUUGGAGUGAAGCACAGAAGAUCACAUCUGCUCUUUUAGAGGGCCGGUCCUAUGAGAAUUUGGUUGACUUUGACAAUCACUUGGAUGAUCUACGGAAUGACUGGACCAACCCUGUGGUUAACAAGUCCGUCCUGGAUCUGUGCUAAGACUUUUAGUCUCAGUUUUCAGACCUACAUACACACACACACACACACAUACACUCACACAAACAAAUAUUGCUGCCAUUUAAGCAUGCACGGUGCUACUUAUCAAGUAGCUCGUGGUCUGCACCAUUAAAAGCCUCCUAUGCUAAUGGAGCAGCAGAGCACUGAUCUGUCAAGCCAAAAUGUGUCAAGUGCAGGAGUCACACGCGUACUGUUGGCCUGUGUUCACCUUAACUGGAUGACAUUGAGGUGAUGAUGCUGAUUUAUUACUUUUGAAUUAAACUUUUUUCUCUUU